GACAUUUUCCUUACUGGGAUAAACAAACCGCAACGAAAAUCGGCCCCUUCAGCCACGCACGAAUUGCGGCAACUACGUGCCGAUGCUGUCGCAAUGGAAGCUCAAUUGGCGUCACUUUGCGUCAAGUGGCAAGAAAACUUACCCGACCCUGCCAUUCGAGAGUCCGCCUGCAUGGCAGCCAAAGCGAAAUGGAUCUCGUCCCAGGCAGAGCAAGUCAACCGCUCGCUCAAAGACCAAGUGCUGCAACAGCAACUGUACUUGGCAUCAUUGCAACAUUUCAUGACCCAAUCGCCGUUUCUCACCCCGUCCAGGAGCAAAGAGCUCUUUGACGGGAUGCACGGCUACUCGGAGCUUACGAUGGCCAUGUCCGAUGCUCAACGCACUAGUCACCUCCAGUCCCAAUGUGACCUGGGCGUUCGUCUGGUUCCG